UUUUGUUUUGUCAUUGACAUUUUACCUUUUACUAAAUUUUUACCCAAAGAAUAAUUUACAUUGAAAUGUCAGAAAUGUGUUCUCAAUUAAUUACGGAAUGUGUCACAGCGUCGUCCAAGUGACGACGCUUACGGAAACUUUUUUUUCGCAAAACAGAACUCCGUUUUUUGGAGAAAGAAGAGUGAUUUUGGAAGGAGAAAUUCCAUAUUUUUUAGGGAACAGUUGAUUUUUAAAUGAGUGCAAGCAAGAAGCAAAAAGUAUCCUCAAUAUGUUCCGAAACCAAGGACGAUUUGCAGAGGCAGAGACACGAAUAUUCUCGAUAUUUUACAUUGGAAACACUUCCUCCAGAAGUUUUGGAAAUGAUUCUACGACUUUUGCCACUUCACGACGUGGCUUCCGCCGUUCGACUUGUCUCGAGGCGAUUUUCAACAGUGGCCACAACGGUCUUAAACAGUGCUUUCCUAUCAGCUGGUAGUCGAUUAGAGGAGACGAUGAGCCAUAUCGAGGGAAUGAUUUGGUUCAAAGUGGUCACAGAAUCGGACCUACUGGCCUGCAGCAAAGCAUUUAACGUCUUCGAACUGAUAAAAGCCCAAUACAAAAUGCUCAAGGCUGUCACGUGGAGGUACACUCAUCCACCAAGAAAAGAAAAAUUCCCUCGACUUUGCUUCUACGCUGGAUCUUUGUUAGACGACUUGAACAGCAUCAUUCGAACUGCUAAGACAUGUCCGUUAGCUCUCGCUGGUACUCAUGGUCCAGAUCAAAGUGUCACAUCCUUCAUUACAGUUUGUAAAAGAUUUAUGAACUUUUUUGAAAAAGUCUCUGAACGGAAGGUCAACAGAUCCGCCUUAAUAUCUGGAUGCAAACCUGUAGACGUCUUGGACUGUUUAGCAGAAGGACGUCAGGUAUUAUCGUUUCGUGUUUCAUCUGGACGUGGAAAUCGAAGCAACAUUGUAACUAUGAAAUUGAAGUACGUAAUGAAGAGAGCUUGGUUUACGUGCUUAGAAAUACCGAGUGCCGCUGAUGAAAACUCAUGGCGCGAUGAACAGCGUUUUAUGUACUUAAGACUACGUCGGCUUGUGGGAAGUGUGAAUGAACAUCAUUUUGAAAAAUGCCACUACGAACGCGAAUUACUACUUCAAAUUCCCGCGAUGCCAUCACCUAGACCUCCACCCGCGUCCACCUACUCCGGUUAUGGAGAGUAUGGUGGCCAAUUUUUCUACUAUGGAAAUAUGAACAAAUACGCCUACGAGAAUAAGUUCAAAUACAUCGACGAAGGAAAUGAAACCGAGGACGAGGAAACAGUUGAGGAAGUUCAUAGAGGACCUUGUUUCGACCUGGUGAUCGGCGUGGAAUUGCGCUGCUCACCGGAACUCGCACCCCUAGCAGUUCGAGCGAUCCUCAAGUCAGAUGACAUAGAAAAUAUUUCCAGCGGAAACAGCCAACAUCCCGAACUCUACUUGAAAUUGCACGUGACCUGUCCCGCCUCUGUAUCAAACAGAUUACCCGGGACCUUCACCUGGGAACUGCGCAGUCCUCGCUACGGACGGCACUCUUCCUGAAAAUUGUUACACUUUUCGAACCACGCAGUGCGUGGUGACAGUGAUUCUUACAUGAUAGACGUUGAUAUCUAUACAUUUACGCAUGGUCUAUAUUUUAAUUUUUAACUUAUUAGUCGAUGUUAAGAGUGCUUGUACUUCCAGAUUAUUUACGGGAGAAUAAAGCUUUUCGUGAUUGCUUUUAAUUACCAAAAGUUCAAGUGCAAACUGAAAAAUUCAAAUUAAAACAAAUGACCUCUUGAAAGAAUAAACUCAGCAUUUCUAAAUUUUAGAGUCUGGGACUUUGAAAAUUGUCGGAGAGACGAUGUGUCUAAGGUCAUCGUUAAUAAACAUUCCAUGGUCGACUGUACUCGAGUUUCAUUUUCACACGAUUAUUUAAAGAAACUUAAUUAUUAAUUAUAACAUUUGAAUGAUUUUAGGAUAUUUCGAAAAA